GUUCUUGAAGUACAUCCGGUCAUGCGCGCUGACCAGGAACUGGACUCUGUGCGUGCUGCUGGUGGUUAUGGUCAGUGUUGGGUGCCUGAGUGUGGUCAAGUGGUCAAUCCUGUACCUGCAGCAGAUCCCGCAACUGCCCGAGGGAGAUAACCCACAUGAUUACAAGUACAUCUUGAAGCCAGGCAGCAACAGUUGCAACGGCCUCUUCUCCCCGGAGCUGGUCAUCUGUGUGUCGUCGUCUGUCGCCAACUUCGAGGAGCGCGCCACUCUGAGAGACACCUGGGCCUCGGUGGUCAAGGACCAGGUCCACUACGCCACGCUCUUCUUCUUCAUGGGCCGACCCAGCCGCAACGAGACAGCCCUCCAGGCGGCGCUGCGGAGAGAGCAGGCGCAGUACGACGACAUCGUGCAGGAAGAUUUCAUGGACACCUACAACAACCUCAGUCUCAAAACGGUGUCCAUUCUCAAAUGGGCCUCGUACAACUGCCCCAAUUCCAAGUUCGUGGUGAAGGCGGAUGAUGACGUUUACGUGACCAUUCCGAACAUGCUGAAAGCGUUACGGGAGGCCAGCAUGUUCCACGAGGAAUUUGUUCUGGGCGUCAUCAACUUUUUCGCCAUCGCCGGCCACCCGGAGCGGUCAGGGAAAGACGCAGUGACCAUGGAGUACCCGUAUAUGAUGUACCCCCUCUACAUCAUCGGGCCGACUUACGCCAUGCCUAUCAGCUCGGCAAAACUCUUGUACCGAGCUUCUCUGCGCAUGCCACACCACAGGGCCGAAGAUGUAUACGUCACAGGCUUCUUGGCGCGAGAAGCUGGGGUCAGUCUGGUCAACGAUGACCGCUUCUCCGGCCACCGCUGGCCGAUCGACGGCUGCGUGUUCCGCAGUAAGGUGUCGGGUCACGGCUAUAGCAGCAAGGAACAGCGAGCGAUCCACGCCAAGAUGCUGGACUCGUCCAUUCUGUGCACGGAGAGCGUGUCUCUGGCUCACACCAUGGGCUCCACGCUCUUCGUCUGGCUCACGGUCUUCAUGAUUCUGGCGCUCUGGCUCGGCCUCUCUCGCUGCACGAGCGUUAAGUAAGUGAGUGAGGGACUUGAUCGCGCGUCAUUUUACACAACACGUUUAGUGAGUGCUGUAGCUAUAAUUAUGUGCUACAACAACACAUUUAGUGAGUGCUA